CCCAGUGAGCGGUUGCUCGGUAUUCUUUCUCUGCCUUCCUGGUUCGCUUGCUCGGGCAGCGCUAAGCGGUUCUGUUGCUAAGAUGGCGGCGGGGUUGCUAGCGGAGGCCCAGCUGGAUGAGCUGCUGGAGCUCGAUCCCUACCUGGAGCCGUACAGCGAGGACCUGCGGCAGAGGUAUAAUAAAUUUGCAAGUUUGGCACGAAGUAUUGAAGAGAAUGAAGGAGGCCUUGACCAGUUUUCUCGUGGCUAUGAGUCCUAUGGUGUUAACUCACAGGCUGACGGUGGAAUUUAUUGCAAGGAGUGGGCUCCAGGAGCAAUAUCUGUGUCUCUCAUUGGAGAUUUCAAUGACUGGAAUUCCAAUUCACAUCAUUUCAAGCAGUUGCAGUAUGGAAAAUGGGAACUCUACAUCCCACGGUGUCUGGAUGGUUCAUCCCCAAUCCGCCAUGGAUCCAAGCUAAAGGUGGCAAUAGGCAGUAAAACUGGACAGCAGAUAUACCGCAUUUCCCCUUGGGCACGAUACGUGACACGUGAACCGAGUGCUUUUACUUACGACUGGGUGCAUUGGGACCCACCCCAACGUUAUAUGCACAAGCACUGUCGUCCUCCGAGACCAAAAAGUAUGAGAAUCUACGAAGCACAUGUUGGAAUUGCAUCACCUGAGGGAAAGAUUGCUUCUUACAAGAACUUCACACAAAACGUUCUGAUCAGAAUUAAGAAUCUUGGUUAUAACUGUAUCCAGCUGAUGGCCGUAAUGGAGCAUGCUUACUACGCCAGUUUUGGUUAUCAAGUUACCAAUUUCUUUGCUGCUUCAAGUCGCUAUGGGACCCCUGAUGAGCUGAAGGAGCUGAUUGACAUAGCCCACUCGAUGGGACUGUUUGUGCUACUUGAUGUCGUGCACAGCCAUGCGUCGAAAAACACGGAGGAUGGCCUCAACCUGUUUGAUGGGACUGAUUCCUGCUUUUUCCACUCGGGAACUCGUGGCACCCACCUGCAGUGGGGCAGCCGGCUUUUUAACUAUUCAAACUGGGAAGUGCUGAGAUUCCUCCUAUCCAAUCUGCGCUGGUGGGCGGAGGAGUAUUAUUUCGAUGGCUUUCGAUUUGAUGGAGUGACAUCCAUGUUAUAUCACCACCAUGGCAUAAAAAUUGCUUUUUCUGGAGGUUACAGUGAAUAUUUUGGACUUCAGGUUGAUGAGGAUUCCUUAGCCUAUCUCAUGCUGUCAAACUAUAUGCUUCGUAGCUUCUACCCAGACUUCAUCACCAUAGCAGAGGAUGUGUCGGGAAUGCCCACGCUGUGUCGGCCUGUGAUUGAAGGAGGUGGCGGGUUUGAUUUCCGUUUGGCUAUGGCUGUUCCAGACAAAUGGAUCCAGAUAUUGAAAGAGUUGAAGGAUGAAGACUGGAACAUGGGUAACAUCGUCUACACACUAACAAACCGGCGGUACGGAGAGAAGUGCAUCGCCUAUGCGGAGAGCCAUGACCAGGCCCUUGUUGGGGACAAGACCUUAGCAUUUUGGCUGAUGGAUGCAGAGAUGUAUACGAAUAUGAGCAUUCUGUCUCCCCUCACGCCAGUGGUAGACCGAGGCAUACAGUUACACAAAAUGAUCCGUCUCAUCACACAUGCUCUGGGAGGAGAAGGAUACCUGAAUUUCAUUGGCAAUGAAUUUGGACACCCUGAAUGGCUGGACUUUCCCAGGACUGGUAAUAAUGAAAGUUACCAUUACGCCCGACGGCAAUUUAAUCUUCUGGAUAAUAAUCUCCUUCGCUACAGUCAGUUGAACACUUUCGACGCGGACAUGAACAAUUUGGAAGAGAAAUAUGGUUGGCUUGCUGCGUCACCGGCCUAUGUGAAUGAGAAACAUGAGGGAAACAAGGUCAUCGCCUUUGAACGUGCAAAUCUUCUUUUUGUCUUCAACUUCAACCCUGAAAAGAGUUUCCCCGACUACAGAGUGGGAAUAGAUCAGCCUGGGAAGUAUAAGAUAGUGCUGGACACUGACGCAACAAGCUAUGGUGGUCACGGUCGAUUGAACCACAACACAGAGUUCUUCACAGAUCACCAAUCCCAAAACGAUCGUCCCAACUCCGUGCUGUUCCCAAGGGACGACUUUUCCCAGAGGAAAGCCCAUGCUUAUGAGCUCGUGAAUUAUGGAACUUUGCACUGUUGUGAAAAUUCCUUGAAGGUGUAUAUUCCCAACAGGACAGCCAUCAUUCUUGCUUGCGUGGACAUUAACAAAUGAAGCCAAAGGAAGCUCAGCAGAGUGACCGGAGCCUGGUGCCAAAGAGGAAGACUUGGAAAAGCUGCUGCACGUCCGAACACUGCCCCCACACCCCCCUCUACGCCCCCCCCCUCAUCCCUACACCCCCAAUAACCCAUAAACAACUGUGUAACUUCUAUGUUUUACUCCUGUAGACAAUGCAGCUGUACACACCCACUCGUGGCUCUCUCUCUCUCUCUCUCUCUCUGUCAAUUGUACAAUCUUAAAGAUGCUGGUUUAGAAAUGUUGAAUGCAGUCAGUCCAUGUCUCAACAUGGAUGUUUAGACCAGCUACAGCAUCACAGCUCGAACAGGAAAGAAGCAUCAACAGAAAUAAUAAACUGCUAUUCUGGCUGGGGAGAGAUGUGUGGAGAGCUUAUUCCUGCGAGGGGAAAUAUACCUGUGUUUUAUAGAAGGUUGUAAGGGGUUAAUUUGGACACUUAUUUGUGUUAGUUUAUAGUAUUCAUGUUUCAUUGAGUUGAAUGAAGGGUGACAUUGAGGAGUUCCAACCCAACUGCUCACUGCAGGCAAACUUCUGGCAAUCUUAACACCUGGAACAAAGAAGUGAAAAUCAGAAGUGACUGUUUUGGUUCCCCCUCCAGUUUGGGAUUCCCCCCACCCCCACACCGCACCCUCACUGCUCAGUUCACCCACAGUACACAGUACCUUUCUUGAUUGAUGAUGCGAAGAUGCAUUGUUGAGAACGUCACCAGUCAUCUGCAUUGUGACCCUGCUUUACCAGACUUAACCUCGCCACCUGCCCCCACACCUAAUGCAUGGGUCAGUCUUUAGAAGUAGAGCCACAAUAUUGGGCCAGUAAUUGUAGAUGAUGAGGCAGAGAUUGCCCCUUGAUAGACAUGCUUCUCCCUUUUUAUUUAUAGAUAGAAAUUGGCUGAAUUAGGGAGCAUUAUACAUAAAAGAAAGUGGAACACAAAAUUCAAAUUAAACAUAACCUUAUAAACUUUAUAAUUGUACAAGCUUGAAAAGUAGAAAUAUGGAAUAAAUAGAAUAUGAGAGAUAGCAGUAGCAUGCUGCUCAGGUUUCUGGGUUCGAACAAACUUUUCGAUCCCUCAUUAAACUCUUGCACACACUGAAGCAGCCACUGAUCAACUGUACCUGUGUUGCUCUGAGAUUAGACAGAUAUCUUGCAGUAAAGAGGAAAGCAAUUCAUUUCUUGGAGUUUAGUUUUCCUCAAGCAUUUCUCUUGUUAAGGUGUUUGUGUAAAUUCAUUUGUAAUUUUCAGCUGUAGCUCAGAGGGUAGCAAUCUGAGUCAGAAGGUCGUGGACUCAAACUCCACUCCAGUGACUGGAGCCCCCAGUCCAGUGUGCUCACUCUGCUGGUAUCAAAGGAGGGACAGUACUGAGGGCGUGCUGCACUGUCGGAGGGGCAGUGCUGCACUGUUGGAAGUGUCAUUUUGUUCUCGCAGCAUUGUGGGGUAAAAUUCAUCCUUCAACCAACAGCCCCAAAAUUAGACUGACUAACCAUAUUCUAUUACUGAUUGAGAUCUUGCUGCAAGUUUUGGUCUAAGUAGUAACAGUGAGUGUGCUGUAAGAAGUUAAUUAACUGUGAAACACCAUUAGGUGGCCUGAGGACAUGGCAAAGCUUUCACUCAAUUAAAAUGAAUAUGUUAACAACGGCAUUAAAAUAACACACCAAAAAAUAAUAGUUUACAUAAAAUUAAAUCCAGUCGCCUGUUGGCGAAUUUAACAACAAUCCUAAUGAUUAAAGCAGUUGUUUUGAUGAUUUGCAAUGGGGGUUAAAAGAAACUGGAAGAACUGGCAGGACACAGCAUAGUCAGCAUCUGAAAAAGGAUAGUGCCUGCUGUGUAUUUUGGUGUUUGCAGUUUUUGUUAUCUGCACCAUGUCCACCAGCUUAAAUCUGAAGCCACAAAUAGGUGAUGUUUCUGAAGUGCAAUAUUACAUGUAAUUUACAACACCGAAACAGACCAUUUGGCCUUACUGGUCUACUCUGGUAUUUGUGCUUCACGCAAACUCCUUGCACCCUACUUCAUCUAAUCCUAUCAAAAUAACCUGGUAAACCACUUUCCCUGAAGGAGAGUCUGAAGCUCUGAAGAAAGGUCAUACAGAAUUGAAACAUUAACUCUGUUUCUCUCUCUACAGAUGCUGCCAGACCUGCUGAGUUUUCUCAGCAUUUUCUGUUUUUAUUUCAGAUUUCCAACAUCCG